GUUCACACGCGUCGAUUAUUGUUUGAUUAUUCGAUUCUAUCGUCUUCCAAAGCGUUUUUAAAUGGAUAUCUCGACUAGCAAUGAAGAAGAUAAAGUCGCCCUCCCUCACCACGAGCAGCAGUCGCUGUGUACCACACGCCUGCCGUACAGGCAGGGCAGGAAACUCACCGCUGUAAAGGUGUACACGGUAAACAACGAAUCCAACCACCUCCUGGUCUUCGGAAUACCAUCCCUGAAGCUGCGACAAGAAGCCAAGUCUUUAUUCUCCAAGUUUGGCAAACUACGACAAUUCACAAUAACUACCGACUACCCUACCGAAGCAUUUACUGAAAACUACCACGCUGUCUUUGAGUCUAUUCAAGCGGCAAGACUUGCAAAGAAAAUGCUAGAUACGAAGAAUUUCUAUGGAGGGUCGUUGCACAUUUGUUAUGCACCAGAACUGGAAGGCAUUGACGAGACGCGGAAUAAAUUAUAUCAACGACAAAAGGAUGUAUUGAACAGACUAAAAAACUUAGAAAAAGAAGCGUUGAUUUCUACCAAAGCGCCCGAGCCAAAACCUACCAUAGAGGUUUUAUUGCAAGAAAAGAAAAAACUUAAUAUGGGUGAGGUGAAUGUUAUUGGAGCUGGCAGACAAAUACGUGACGUUGUCCUAAAUAAGAAUAAAAGAAAAAAUGUACAGACACAAAAUGUUAUUAUAGAGAAAAAGUUCAAACCUUGCUUUGAAAUUGGAACAGAUGAUAUAAAGGGCUGCCAUAGUAACGAAACUGGUAGUAAUAGUAGAAAUGAUAAUAAAAAUAUUGCUAAUAAUUCCAAAAUAGAUAUAGUAGAUUGUACUUCAACUGAAAUUGAAACAAUAUCAAACAUAAAUGAAGCAUUAAACUACAAUAAAUUUGGUAAUGAAGUUAUUAGGAAAAUACCCGAAAAGCCUGUUAAUAGAAUUAAGUUUAAUUUGGGAAAUAAAAAAAUAUAAAAGUU